UCAUGUGAAAUUCAGAACCAACUAGGCAUGAAAACUAGACGCUGACCCAUUGCUGUUCAAAUGAGCGCAGCGCUGGAAUCUGCAACAGCAUGUAGAGUAAUUGGCUUGGAGCGCAUAGGCAGGCUCUCCAAGCUUCUUGUUCAAUCGGCGCAAAUUGACUCUUGAUGUUGAAGCUUUUUGUGAAUGAGUGUUGGAGUAAGAGAGCGUGGCCUGAAUCUUUCUUGCAUUGAAUCUUACAAUUCAAUGACGUAUGUUCAUGUAGAUGAUCUGCAGAGGCACAAGUGUUGACAAAAGGAGAAGAGUCUGUGUUUGGUUGUGGGAGUUCAGAGUGCAGUUCGCAUCUCGGUCUAUGAAAUUCUUGUUGAAUUUCAUCCAGGAGCUUCGUGCUAAAGAUGGCGAGGGCAUUAGUCGCAAUGGAGAACUCAAUCGCAGGGACAGGGACUCUCAACAUUGCAGUGAGUGCGCUUGUUUUCGUCGUAUGUGUUACCAUUUUGAUAGGCUUGUGCACCGGAUUUGCGCCGCAUAAAAUACUUCAUGACGAUUCGGAAUUAGAUGCGGAGAAGUUGAAGCUAAGAAAUGCUGGGGAGACGUUUAGCAGCAAUCUCCUGAUCAAGAGAAGUUCCCUCAGAUCCAUGUUUUCAAGAUCUAACAAUGAAACUUCAGACAAUGCGAAUGAUGGAGGUGCUGUGUGGCAGAGACCGAUUCUGCGCGGUGAACGUUGUAAGCCACUUUCUUUCUCGGGACUUGUAUUGUAUGAUGAGAAAGGUAACAGGUUGCCAGAAACGAAGUAACUCCAAAUCGGCCUGCACUCAAGACCUAUACAAGCAAACUUUCACCAAAACUGGAACAAUCCAGUGAAAAUCAAUACCAGGAGUUACUAAAUACAUCAGCAUCGGGUCACGCACUAAGCCAUUACGACUGUAGUUUGUUACACAGUUCUUUCAUGAUCAAUGACCUCUCACGUCGCCGCCAAAGCAGUGUGCACGCACGAGAACACAUCUCCUUCGUCCACGAAAAGCACGAUGUGAUAUUUCAGGCAGCAUAUUCGAACCGGUCGUCAUGAGGCAAAACCAUCUCUUAACACGAGUUCCCAUUUUCUGAGUAAGCAUCAAAGAUUAUAGUCUUCAAUGACCAAGGCGAUGGUGUCACGUGCUUGUUCGGAUUCAAUCUCCUGAUUCGUUGUGCUUCAUGUUCGUGAACUAGAGUACUGCAUUAGAAUGUAAUUAACUCGCAAGAUAUACAUGAUUCAGAAUUUUAUCAAAAUUUCUAACUGCCUUUCAAUGGAGAUUAUUCACUCGGUAGCGCAUUCUAUCAAUCGAACAUUAAAUCUGUUGCUGUGGGAGCUUAGGAAGCAAAAUGUUUAGUCAAGGGAUGAGUCUCUGACGACCAAGCUCGGAUAAUCAACUUGACAUUUACUGUUCGUAAACGAUCACGCUCAAUACAUCAUGAAGUAAGCUUUGUAAUAUUUCAAAUUAGCGAUUCACGGUUUCACAAGCCUGCCUGCACAUUCUGAU